AUGUUGAGAAACAAAUUUAUAUCCCAACAUUUUAAGCAUUUUUCAAGAUCUCCCUUUGCUUAUGCUAGGCAAAUAAGCUCAAAACCUCUGUUAGCUGAAGAUCAUCAGCACUAUGUUGCAAGCAGCAGCGUGAACUCGAGUGACUAUUUGGAGACGAAGAUGAAGGCAAUGCACCACCAACAGCAGCAGUUAUCGCGGCAUAGUAAUAGAACCAGCAUAUACCGCGCUUCAGAGAAGCUUAAGUGGCUCUCGAUGAAUCGCCUUGUUGGCUUAGGUGAACAAACAAGGGGUAAAUUAGAUAAAUUGGUGGCUGAUUUAGAAGAUAUAGAGCAUGAAGCUCGACAAUAUUACUCGGAAGAUGUUAAAAUAACUCAAUUAAGCCGAGAUGAGUUUGUAAAUAUGAUGCUUCUUGAUGGAUGUUUCAUAGUUGAGCUCUUUAAAGAGCUUAAUGAAAACAAAUUCGCGUCUCCAACAACACUUCUCCCCAAGAGGUGGAUGUUACCUGCUGUUCGUCGAGACCUUAUAACCCUCGAGAAUCAACUUCCUAUGAUAGUCCUCAAGAAGAUCUUCGACGAAACUAGGACAAAAUCGAUGGAGGAGACCUCGUUAGAAUGGCUUGCUCUAUGCUUCUUCAACCCGUUGAUGUUUAGAGAUGAUAAAUUACUACAACGAAGCUAUGAAUCAAUUGCAAGCAAUCCUAAGAAAACUACUCAUCAUCACUUGCUUGACCUCUUCCACUCUAGCAUCACUCCAGGGGACAAAGAGAAGCGAGGCGAGGAGGAUCACAUGUACCGUUCAGUGAGGGAGCUAAAAGAGGCAGGAAUCAAGGUACGAGUCUUGGAUUCGACACAGCCUCUAGAGCUAAAGUUCGAGAGAGGAGUGUUAAGGAUGCCGAGCUUACAAAUUGACAAUCAUACAGAAAGCUUCUUCAGGAACAUCGUUGCCUACGAACAAUGCCACCACGUGUGCAAGCCGGACAUAACAACAUAUCUAUUCUUUCUCGACAAGCUCAUUAACUCAACUAAAGACGUCGAGCUUCUACACUACGAAGGGGUGAUACAACACACAUUAGGGAGUAAUAGACAGGUAGCUAAGCUUGUCAAUAACCUUUGCAUCGAAGUAGAACAUGAUGGUAAGGAGUCUUAUUUGUAUGAUGUGGUGGAAGAUAUUAAUGAGUAUUCUAAUAGGUGGUCAAGUAAGGCCAAGGCUAAACUAAAACAUGAUUAUUUCUGUAAUGUGUGGGUUGGUAUCUCGACGAUAGCUGCUCUGUUGCUGCUCUACCUUACCUUACUGCAGACGAGCUGCGACGUGAAGCAGCACCUGCAGGAAAACAAGGGAUUGUGGAUUGGACUUCACUCGUUUCUUAUUGAUCCUUUUGAGUGGUUUCAUAACUUUGUUGGCUCUGCUUCAAAAUAUAGAGAAUGA